AUGACCACUCAAGGAGCCGGAGGCGGGGAACUUGGCUGUUCUUUCCACGUGCUGCAGUAUUUGAAUUCGGAAGGGUACCUGCAGGAACUGAAGGACCUGUACUACCGGCCUCCGGCUGAGGAGGAAGUCGGGGCUCUGGCGCUCUUGGCACUGGCUCAGCGUUAUCUUGGGUCCUACUUUAGCCAAUGGCAUCGUGGCCGCGGCGGGGCCGAGGGACGCGUGUUUUCUGGACGUUCCAAGGCCAAAGGAAACUGCAUCCCUGAAAGGUGGAAAGACUAUCUCCCAGUUGGACAGAGGAUGCCUGGGACUCGUUUUAUUGCUUUCAAAGUUCCUUUGAAAAAGAGUUUUGAAGAGAGACUUGCUCCGGAAGAACGCUUUUCUCCCUUGGAUCUUUUCACCAAAAUCCAAGAACAGAAUGAAGAACUUGGACUGAUUAUUGAUUUAACAUAUACUCACCGCUAUUAUAAACCAGAGGACUUACCAGAAACUAUUCCUUACUUAAAAAUUUAUACGAUCGGGCAUCAGGUGCCUGACGAUGACACUAUUUUUAAAUUUAAAUGUGCUGUUAAUGGAUUUUUGAAAGAAAAUGAAGAUAACGACCGACUUAUUGGUGUCCACUGUACCCAUGGCUUAAACAGGACUGGCUACCUCAUCUGCAGAUAUUUGAUUGAUGUAGAAGGCAUGAGGCCAGAUGAUGCAAUUGAAUUAUUCAAUAGAUGCCGGGGACAUUUUGAAAGAGAAAACUACAUUGAAGACCUUCAGAAUGGUCCCAUCAGGAAUGGCCCCACCAGGCCUCCCACGGAGCCCCCUGAACUGAAGCCCACUGCCCAUGUGCGCCUGUCGCUCUGGCCCCGUGGCAGUGGACGCUACCAUCAAGUUUUUCCCAUGGGCUUCGGUUGA